UUGAUGACUAUUCCUUCCAGAACUGCGGAUUACCUUCCAUGAGUUCUUCUCCUCCUGUCUGCAAUGAAUUAAGUGAAUUUCAGUGUGGCAAUGGGCAGUGCAUACCCAAAGGCCAAGUAUGCGACAUGCAGUCAGACUGCUGUGACAAUUCUGAUGAGUCUCCUUACCAGUGCUAUGCAUAUAAAAAAAUUGAUUUUGAGCAGGGCUUGGAUGGUUUUGUGCAGCUGACUGAUGACAAUUUUAAUUGGACACGUCAUCGGGGUCCAACAGAGACAUCAGGGACAGGUCCCUCACAAGAUCACACAACUGAUUCUACAUCUGGAUACUAUUUAUAUAUUGAGUCUUCCCCUCCACAGCAGAUGAAUGACAAAGCUCGUCUAGCUUACUAUCUACCAGCACCCACUCCUGGCUUUCAUUGUAGCAUGCGUUUGUGGUACCACAUGUAUGGAGCACACUCAGGGAGCCUUAACAUCUACAGUCAAGAUGCAGCAGGUAACACUAUCCCUUACCAAACCCUGGCCUUAGACCAUGGCAACCAAUGGCUGAAAUCAGAAGUCACUUUUGAUGCACAGCUUCCUUUCUCAGCAAUCAUUGAAGGAGUCGUAGGGGUGGGACAACUGAGUGACAUAGCAAUCGAUGAUGUCUCUUUCACACCAGGAUGUGGCAUAAGAUCACCUACUACUCCUCCUCCAACGCCAUCUGUAACAGUGACACAACCCUCCACUCCUUCAACUUUCCCACCAUGCCAGGCUAGUCAGUUCCAGUGUGCAUCCACUGGCAUUUGCAUCCCAGGAGAAAACCAGUGUGACUUUAACACAGACUGUCCUGAUAACAGCGAUGAAAUGUCAUGUUUCACCAUCGGUACCUGUACUUUCUCAGCCUCCUUUUGUGGAUGGGCAAAAUACAUUCCUGAUUUAAUGGACUGGCAGCUUGUGAGGCCUAGUGAUAUUCACAAUGUCAUAACUGCACCACAGAAAGAUGGCGAUGGGUCAAGCAAUGGCUAUUUUCUGUACUUACAGGACACUCAAAAUGGUAACACCAAUGGCCAGACAGACAGACUUUUGAGUCCAGCGUACAGCAGAUGUUCUGGAGAGUGCAAGAUUCAGUUCUCAUACUUCAUACAGGGAUCUAACCCAGGAGCUCUAGCUCUCUCAAUCUUUUCAUCUUCUGUGAACAACACUCUGUGGAAAUCAGUCAGCACUACAUCAGAUCAGUGGGUCACAGAAACUGUUGGACUUGACCGGAGGAAAGAUAAGUUCUCACUACAAUUUGAUCAUGUAGAUGCACCUAACAUGUCAGGAACUAUUGCUAUUGAUAACAUUAAGUUUUCUAACUGUGAGCUACCAGUUCCUGUUUUAAAGUGCCCAUCAGACUUAUUCAACUGCUCAAACCAUGCUUGUAUUGAUAGCAGUCUCAUUUGUGAUCACAUGGAUGACUGUGGUGACAAUUCUGAUGAAAAUCCCAGUCUGUGUACUCAGUACAAAAUGUAUGACUUUGAUGAAAACCUACAGAGCCUUGGUGAGUUCACACAGGGCCUGACCACUAUAGAUGAUCAGCAAGACUGGUCACUGUACAAAGGAAGCAGUACACCGGGCCUUCCCACCAUGGAUCACACAACAGGCACCCACUAUGGACACUACAUCUAUCUCUGGGCCUCCAACGGGACCAAGUUUGGGGACACAGCAUGGCUUGUGUCUACACCCUUCCAAACCUCUACCUCAGACAAACCUUGUUCACUGCACUUCUUUUACUAUAUUUAUGGCAACAAUGGACAUCAGAUCAACAUCAUGUAUCGUACACAUCGCAAUGGACCAGCAGACAAAGUGGAAUGGUCAGUGAGUGGCAGCUAUGGAGCCAUAUGGCAGAGAGCAUCCACACAGAUUAGUGUCUCCCAGCCAUUCCAGGUCAUCAUCGAAGGUCAGCUAAGGGGCAGCAGCUAUGGUGUAGCCAUUGAUGACCUUUCCCUCAGCCCUGGCUGCUCUGUCAGUGACAGUCCAUUGCCAGCACUACCAGUAACCCCACCCACCACACCUCCUCCAGCCUGUACAAGCAACCAGUACUUAUGUAUCAUCAACAGGAUGUGCAUCAGCAACAGGAGUCGAUGUGAUGGUGUCAGUGAUUGCCCUGACUCCUCAGAUGAACUUGGCUGUGCCUGCACCUCAAGCAAAUUCAGGUGCAGCAAUGGUCUUUGCAUUAACUCUAACAAGAAAUGUGAUGCAGCCAAUGACUGUAGGGAUGAGAAUGCAUCAGAUGAAAAUGAUCCAGACUGUGUCUUGUACUUGCGAUUCAAUUUUGAGAGUUCCAGCUUUGGGGAAUUUACGCAAGGCCACACAGGCAUAGAAGAUAAGACUGACUGGCAGAUUGGGCAAGCAAGCAGCAUGUCAUUCUCAGGACUUCCACAUACAGACCACACCACUGGGAAAUCCUCUGGACAUUUCUUGUUUUCAAGGUCUCACAACCCUGGAGACACAGCCUGGCUCAUUUCUCGGCCAUUUGGAGCACAGCAGGACAGAACUGCCAGAUGAAGCUUUUCUUCUAUAUCUUUGGCAG